UAUAUGAAGGACUGUACGAAGUCCACUUGUAUCCUGCGCGUGCUCUCUCUCUCUCUCUCUCUCUCUCUCUCUCUUGCACUUGCUCUACACACCUGACCUCCAGUAAGCAUCCUGCUUCAGGCAGAGGGGGGACGCUAUUCCCCCCUUGCUUUAUAGGGAACUACUCGUGAUUGUCGUCUCGCCCCUAAACUACACACUUUCAGCUUUCUGAACUUAUUUUUUCCCGGUGUGGAUUCACAAUCACUCCAGAGCCGAACAGCAUGGCGGGUAGCGGACACACUGACGAGCCUUGGAACUACAGCAGCACGGAGCUGCCCGCGCGCACCACUUCGGUGUCUAUGCUUCAAACGAUACGCUAUCCUUUUCCCACGGUGGAUGUUCCAGACCAUGCCCACUAUACUAUUGGCACAGUUAUCUUAAUCGUUGGCAUCACCGGCAUGGUGGGCAACUUUCUGGUCAUGUACGCCUUCAGCAAGAGUCGAAGUCUAAGAACACCAGCCAACAUGUUCAUUAUUAAUCUGGCCAUUACUGACUUCCUGAUGUGUGUCACUCAGACACCCACCUUCUUCAUUACCAGCAUGCACAGGCGAUGGAUCUUUGGAGAGAAAGGGUGUGAGCUGUAUGCAUUUUGUGGUGCUCUAUUUGGGAUGUGCUCCAUGAUCACACUAAUGGUCAUCGCAGUGGAUAGAUAUUUUGUGAUCACUCGCCCUCUGACCUCCAUUGGCAAGAUGUCACACAAGCAUGCCCUGGUCAUCCUCGCCCUAGCCUGGCUGUACACCUUGUUCUGGAGCCUUCCUCCCUUUUUUGGAUGGAGUGCAUAUGUUCCUGAGGGAUUGAUGACCUCUUGUACAUGGGACUAUAUGACAUUCACCCCAUCUGUUCGUGCCUACACAAUGCUGCUCUUCAUCUGUGUCUUCUUCAUUCCUCUGUUUAUCAUUAUUUACUGCUAUUUCUGCAUCUUCCGAGCAAUUCGCAGCACCACCAGUGCUGUGGGCAAAAUUAGUGAAGAAGGAGGAAUCACUAAAGACUCAAUUAAAAAGUUCCAUCGAUUGAAAAGUGAAUGGAAGAUGGCCAAAGUGGCUCUCAUAGUCAUUCUGUUGUACGUGAUAUCCUGGUCUCCAUAUUCCUGUGUGGCUCUGAUGGCAUUUGCAGGUUAUGCGGACUUGCUCACACCAUACAUGAACUCGGUCCCUGCUGUGAUUGCCAAGGCUUCAGCUAUCCACAACCCCAUCAUUUACGCCAUCACACAUCCCAAAUACAGAUCUGCUUUAGCGAGGUAUAUUCCAUGUCUGGGUGUGCUACUAUGUGUUCCUCAUGGAGAACGCUUGACCAGCAGCAGUUUUAUGUCCACACGGCGCUCCACUGUGACCAGCCAGGCUUCAGAUACUGGCAGUAACCUACGCCAAACCAGCAGGACUCGGCUAUCCUCAAUGUCCGACAGCGAGUCUGCUUUGACAGACACAGAGGUGGACAUGGCGAGUGCACUUUCCCGCCAGGUGUCGUAUGAGGGCCGUAAAGAGCUGUCCGACUUUAAGCACUACAGCUCUCUAAAGGUGAAGGUGAGGGGCCGAGACUCAGGUGGCUUUAACAGAGGUCCUGUUGAUGUGGGUCUAAACCUCACCGGCUAUUCUUAUAUCAGCACUGUGUUGGACAAGGACGACAUCUCCAUCACUGAGUCUGUCCAGACCAAUCAUCUGCUCACACCACCGUGUGACAACUCAGAUCAGGCUGAUAACAAGAACCUGACAGCUCAUAUUCCUUCCAUUGUUGUAACUUCUGAGUCUCAUCCUACCUUCCUGUCUGAUGGAACCAAUGGCUACACUUCUAACUGUCUCUCCAGCAUUUCUCCAGUGUCCUCUGCCAGCAUGGAGCUCCUUGUGAUGGACAAAGUGAGCAUGACACAGGCUUGCAGUAAUGCUGCCAACAUUACCAUUCCUCAGCAUCGAAUCUAAUAAACACAACUGCCCUGUCUUUAUCUCUUUUCUCUAAUCUUUUUUUGCACAAGGCUGAAAAAAACAGUAUGCACUUUUUCUAUUCAUUUCAUUUUAAAAUGUUAUAAUGUCACUCAUCUGGAUGUGCAGGUUUUGAAACUUUGUGUUCACCCUUUUUCAUUUGUUGUGUGAAUGUGUGAUCAAUGAAAAGAGUGUUGAGGUAUAGCUCAAGGUUUCUGCAGAGGCAGAGAGUCUUCCUUUUUGCAAACUUUUCCAGGAAGACAGAACUGCCUGUAGAGACCUUACUACAGUUUGAGUUCUCUUCUGUCUAUUGCUGCACAAAAGAUGCAGCACACAGUGUCUAGCCAGUGCGGCACAAAUACUGUCCUUUUACAGAAAUAUAAUGGACAAAAUUACUUGUAUGUUGGGGCAAAAAAAAUACAUUAAAUUUCACCCCAAGGGAAUGAAUUACCUGGAGUCUGAGAUUUCAACAAACUGCAGUUGUUUCUCAAAACAAGUUUUAUUUUAUCAUCAAAUGCAGUUCACUGUUAUGCAGAAGAAUGGCAUUCUGGUAAACUGCUGUUUGUUCAUGGUACACAUUUAAUUUUAUCAACCACUGCUAUUUGGUGUUACAUAAUACAUUUUCUUAAAUAAUUAAUAACAAGAAUGUUAGCAAAUAUUUAGUCAGUCACUUUAUAUUUUGUAAAAUUUCUUGGUUUUUUUUUUUUUGUUUUUUUUUUAUAACUAAUUAUGUGGUAAUUAUAGUUUAGUUUAUCUUCAGUAAAUGUUUCUGUUUAGGUGUCAAGAUAUGAGCCAAUAUCAUAAAUCCACUAAAAUAUGAUCCAUCUUCAGACCACAAACUUGUUGUUUGUGUUUAUUUAUGCAGUUGAAACUUAUUUCUUCUAGAUAGCCUUAUUAAAUGUUAGAGUAUGGAACGCAAUCUUCAUCAAAGGAUAAUCAGAAAGGCGAAAACCAUUUAUUUCCUUGGGUUUUAAACACCUACCAAAUAUUACGUAUAUACUUUGCAUCCAUGAGUCACAAGAUGAAUUUAAAUGAAUGCAUUGUGCUGUUUGUUAAAGUAAAUAUAUAAAUGUGUUAAAUACCUCACUAAUGAUGUUCGCAUAGCCUCCAGUGAAUGCAUUUUUAACCUUUAUUGUGUCAUUUUCUGACACGAUCCGUGACAUCUUUUCUAGAGUUUUCAGUAUGACUUCCUUUUAAAUCACACCACCACUGCUUGAUGCUGCUAAUCAAAUAUGAAUCAUUUAAUCACAGAACAUUAAAUAACUGCUGCUAGGCUUUAAGCACACUAUACCCUUCAGAGUAAGGAUUUUCUUUUUGACUGCAUUUUUGGAAAUACUUUAGUGGGAUUAAUAUGGCAGCCUCACAGGUUCCGGGGGGAUUACUAGAGAAUGCUUUUAACAAGAUUAGUUUCUGAGGAAAGGCUGAUCCAGUUGAUGCUCUUUUCACACACGCUCUAUCAGGUGGUGGGCUUUAGCACCAUUCAGGUCACUUACUUAACUAUUGCUUGUAUUAUUCCUUUUUAGGAAUGAGCCAUGUGCUCACCUUGUUUUGAUAUGAAAAUCCUUCUGGAUUGUUACAACAUGUUUUCUCAUUUUGUCGAGAGACAGCUAGAUGGUUCAAUGUAAUGCUCCUUAAAAUUAACACAUUGGUCUGUAAUGCUACUUUAAUAUUAACACAGUAAAUAACUUAUCAGUCACGGUUAUGUGUUACUUCAGUCAUAUUUUGUGCUUGUCUGCCUAGUGCUUGAUGUCUAAUUUCCAUAAGAACUGAUCCCCAUGGUUUAAACAGGUGCUAGAUGUGUUAUUCGUUAUGUGAUUUAUUCAAUCCCAGUGAGAAAUGAAAUUCCAAACACCUUCUC